CAUAUACGUACGUAACAUAGAAGUUUUUAUAAAGUGAAUAAUAUAUUCUUUCGAGAAAAAAAUAUUAUAUAAUUCAAUGAAUUUGGAUAAAAUGAAAAAUUGGGUAAACACGAGGCAGCUAUAGGUGCUGCCUAAACAAAUCGAGACGCCCCUCUUUCUUUACUGAAAACACUUUAAGAAUCAAAUCUCGUUAUCAUAUAUCGAAUCAAUCACACGAAACCCCCCACAUCAAAUCGAUUAACGGCGGCGGUGGUGGUGGUGGUGGAGAUGGUAGCGGAAGAUGGCGGAGAAGAGGGAUCUAAACCGGAAAAAAUGGUGUCCUACUGGUUGACGAAUUUCCCAAGAGAUCUAAUGGCUGGUGCGAUGAUGGGUGGAAUGGUGCACACGGUUGUAGCCCCAAUUGAGAGAACAAAGCUGUUGUUGCAGACUCAAGAGAGUAAUAUAGCGAUUGUUGGUGGGACUCAUAGGAGGUUUAAUGGUAUGAUUGAUUGCAUUAUUCGUACGGUUAAAGAAGAAGGGGUUUUGUCUCUUUGGAGGGGGAAUGGCAGCAGUGUUCUCAGAUAUUAUCCCUCUGUUGCACUCAAUUUUUCUCUCAAGGAUCUUUACAAAAGCAUUUUGCGAAACCGCAACGACGCUCAACAUUCAACUUUCAUGUCCGGCCCAUCUGCCAACUUCAUAGCCGGGGCUGCAGCCGGGUGCACCACAUUAGUCUUAAUCUACCCGCUAGACAUCGCACACACCCGGCUCGCAGCCGAUCUCGGGAAAACCGAUUCCCGCCAAUUCCAAGGCAUCCGUCACUUCCUCGCUACCAUAUGGGCAAGAGACGGGAUCCGCGGGGUCUACAAAGGCCUCCCAGCAUCCCUACAAGGAAUGGUGGUCCACCGAGGCCUCUAUUUCGGCGGGUUCGACACAAUGAAAGAAAAAAUGUCGAAAAACACGCCAUCGGAAGUGGCGUUAUGGAAACGGUGGAUUGUAGCUCAAGCUGUUACAACUUCGGCUGGAUUAUUGUCGUAUCCUUUGGAUACUGUUAGGAGGCGAAUGAUGAUGCAGUCGGGUAUAGAGCGACCGAUGUAUAGAAGCACAUUGGAUUGCUGGAAAACGAUAUAUAAAACGGAGGGUUUGGGGUCGUUUUAUCGUGGGGCCCUUUCGAAUAUGUUUAGGAGUACAGGUGCUGCAGCAAUCUUGGUUUUGUAUGAUGAGGUGAAAAAGUUUAUGAAUUGGAGUGGAUCAUCAUAAUGUUUGUUACAAGAAGAGAAUAGGAGAGACAGACAAGUAGGGUAGGAUUAUAAAUACAGAGAGAGUAGGUCAAGAAAUCAUACAGUUUGAUCACAUGGUGCCAACAAGUUUGGAGAUUUUGUUAACGGUUAACUAUAGAUUGGUAGCCGAAAUAUGUGGAGAUGGACACGUCAUCCUUUUUUUUUCUUUUGAGGUUUUUGUUGGUUUUUAAGGUUGUUGGAAAAUUUGCAAUGAUCAAUAAGCUAUGGCAUUCAUCAAACUUUA